AGUGUCAGCUUCAGUCUGCGAUGUGGCCGCGUGUAACUGACACUCGGAAGAUCAGUUUCACCAUCAGUUUCCUCAGACGCUCCGCCCACUCUUGGGUCGGUAAGAACGGCGGAUCCCCACCUCCCAAAGCCGGCAACAUGUCAUCUCCCUCCUCCUCCGACCCCAGCCUCGCCGUGGCCGCCAUGAGGAAGAGUUACAAAUGCGACCAGGAAGCUUUUGAAGAGAACCACCUUAUUUCUCUGGACCCCAUGAAGCAAUUUGCUGACUGGUUUGAAGCGGCCACAAAAUGCCAGUCUAUCCAAGAAGCUAAUGCCAUGUGUCUUGCCACCUGCACCAAGGAUGGAAAACCCUCUGCUCGGAUGUUGCUUCUGAAAGGGUUUGGACCUGAGGGGUUCAAAUUCUACACAAACUAUGAGAGCAGGAAAGGGAGGGAGCUGGAGACUAAUCCAUUUGCAGCAAUCGUGUUUUACUGGGAGGCCCUGAAUAGGCAAGUACGCAUCGAAGGCCAUGUGACCAAGUUGGCAGACAAGGAUUCUGAGGUGUACUUCCAUUCCCGGCCCAAGAGUAGCCAGAUUGGUGCUGUGGUCAGCCAUCAGAGCACAGUGAUCCCUGACCGAGAGUUUCUAAGGAAGAAGAAUGCACAGCUAGAGGAACUCUACAAAGAGAGGGAGGUGCCAAUGCCUGAGUACUGGGGAGGAUAUCUCCUGGAGCCCGACACCAUUGAGUUUUGGCAAGGCCAGACCAACCGCCUGCAUGAUCGAAUCCUGUUCCAGCGUUCGAAGGAAGGGACAGUUCCAGAUACUUCCAUGAUUCACAAGGCUGAUGGUGAUUGGGUGUUUAAAAGACUAUCACCCUGACAACUGCCAUAAUCUUUCCAACAGACUUUCCAACCUGCCCCAUUGUUUGGCAAAUGCCUGCAUUUUUAAUCCUCAUACCUUGGAAUUGCACAUCAGUUAUUCCCCAGCACCGGAGAUUUUUGACCAGUCCAGGUUACAUAGUCCUCCCAGCUGAUGGAAACCAAGCUCUCUCUGAGAAAGAUUAAAUUAACUUUAUCUCUUGCUGUAGCAUCUCAAAAUUUGAUUAUUCUCCAAUUUACAUUAUCGAUUGUGGAGAAGACCAGAGGGCCCAUCUAUUAUGGUGGAUAAUGUAGGCUAUGCUGUGCAAUUAACUUCUUGUUUGGGUUAUCAGGCACAAUCAAUGAGGAAACUGUGGUGGUCUAACAACAACUUGCAUUUAUAUAGCACCUUUAUCAUAGUAAAAGUAUUCCAAAGAGCUCCACAGGAGCGUUACCAGACAAAAAUUUGAUACCGAGCCACAUAAAGAAAUAUUAGAUUUUAAACAGCGUUUCAAAGGAGGGCCAAGAGGUCGAGAAAGGGAGAGGUGUAGGGAGGGAAUUCAUGAGUUUAGGGCCUUGGCAGCUGACGGCAUGGCUGGUAAAAUUGGAGCCAUUAAAAUUGGAGAGGUGCAAGGGUAUCCUCAGGGCUCUGGCCAGGUCCAUGACUCAUCAACACAUUUGACUUCAGUACUUGGUGAAAUCUUUAACCCCAACAACUUUUUUAUUUGGGUGCGUCUGUUUAGUGAUUGAGGUGGAGUAGGUAGGGAGGAGCUUGAUUGACUGCUGGUUAAUGUGUGGGGCUAUAGAGACUGUGCCUGUGGAUUUCACUUGGGCCAACAAUUCCACAUUCAACCUCAGUGUCUUUCACAGUAGAGUUGGGGUUGCCAGCCCUCCAGGAUUGUCCUGGAGUCUCCAGGAAUUAAAAAAAACAUAAUCUCCAGCUCUCUCCUGCUAGCAAAGCCUGGGAGAAAAAUCAUGGACGGGUCACUAAAAAAAUUAUUUGAAUACCUCUGUUUAUAAAAAUAUUGUCAAUGGCAAAAAAAAAAGGCCAUUUGGCUGAAA